AUGACCACCGCCGUCCCCUCCUGGCACUCCAGCAUGCCCGCCUGCGUCGACAUUCUCGCGCCGCUCCUCGCUGCCGGCGACCUCCACACGGCCCGCUUUGCGGCUCUCGAGUAUGCUAUGCGGCCUGCCGCCAGCGCCGCGUCUCCCAGUCCUUGGCAGCAGCCGGCGGGCGGCACCGCGCUCGCAGCUUUUGACAAGGCUGCCGGCGACGAGUGUGGUGCCGCGUGGAGAGAGCUGCUCGACGAGUUCCUGCUCUCCGGAGAGCCAGCGCUCGCCACCGUUGCCGCGAAGCACUCGGCGCUGACACUGCCGCCUCCGCCACCGCCGUCCGCAUCGCUCAUCAGCAUGGAGGACUAUGAUGCGUGCUGCUCAUGGCUCGCUCGUGGAGGCGACGCGCCCCGGCGGUGUGGCGCGGCGUCGCCCGGCGGCAGCGGCUGCUCUCUCGCCAACGGCUCGACGGCUGCGACAACCUUCCUGUGCCCCUUCGACGAUCUCGCUGGGCUAAUCUGGGCUAACUCUCGGCUAAUCUCGCUGAAUCAGGACGGCUUCCUGCGCCCCUUCGACGUCGCGACCGUCCUGUGGCCCGCAGGCUACCUGCUCGGACUCUGGGUGGCGGCGGAAGCGCGGCCAGGUGGGCUGCUGUGGCGGGGCGGCGACGGCGCAGAGAGCUGCCAGGUCCUCGACUUGGGAUGCGGCACGGGCGCCGUGGCCUUGGCGGCCGCCGCUUCGCUCGGCGGCGGCGCUGUCGUGACCGCAGUCGACCGCGAGAGUCGCUCUCUCGCUCUGGCGACCGCAAACGCGGCGCGGAACGGCCUCGAGGUGCGCCUCUCGCCCCUCGACUAUGCGACCGACGAGGCGGUCGCCGCGUUUGCCGCAAGGCACGGCGUCACCGCACCCUCUCCUAGGAGCGGUUUCGUCGAGGUGGCAAGGGUGGCGGGGCUCGGCUUUGGGCUGCACACGCGGUGGAGCGAGAGCGAGUCGGACUUUGAGGUGGUGGUGGCGCGCCGGGUAAAAAAAUAA